AACCCAUCCCAAGUUCUACAACAUAUGUUUCCUAUAAAUACAUGAUCACCUGCACAAACCAUGGCCACACACGAAUCGAAUUGUUUCUAACCAUUUCAUCUCAAAGACAAGAGUCCAUUUGCUUGAAAGCCAAAGGCAGGUAGCUACAAUGAUCAGCUCCAAGAAGCUAGCUCAGCUGUCCAAGAAGUGGCAGGGAAUGGGCGUAAUUGGGCUAAAAAGGAUCACAAGUGUAGACAAAGAGUUCAACCCAUCUUGCAGCAGCAUGGUUGCAGGGAAGGGCAACUGCAUUGUCUAUUCUUCCGAUGGGAAGCGGUUUGAGAUCCCCCUCACGUACCUCCGCACGACAGUCUUUGUGGAGCUCCUGAAGUUGUCACAGGAAGAAUUUGGGUUCACAAGUGAUGGGAGAAUCACACUGCCUUGCGAUACAGCAGUGAUGGAGUAUGUGAUGUGUUUACUGAGGAGAGAGGCCUCUGAAGAUGUUGUGAAGGCACUCCUCAGUUCCAUAGUGAUGCCUUGCCACCACCAAAGCAGAUUAUCCAGUGGAUUGAACCAGCAAUUCGCUGUCUGCAGCACCUGAAGAUGAAGAUAUCAUGGAUUUGAGCUUGUUUUCUCUCUUUUCCCCCUUCCAUCUUUUUUUCCCAGCUGUACCUUGGAGCACAGUUUUGUGCAACGUUUUUACAAUGGUACACUGUGGUUGUACAGAUGGAUGAGUGUAAAAAUAAUCAUAUUGUGAUUAGAAAAGAAGGAAUCAAGCUUGCCAUUGAAACAA